AUGAAGAGAAUAAAUGAAAAAGGAAUUGGUGAUAUCAUUAAUGUCAGCGAUGUAAUGAUGAAAAGAAAUUUUGACUCAUUAUUUACAAAACCGAAAACAGAAUAUAGUCUUUAUGACGUAAUUACCGAAUUAAUGAAAAAGAUUAAUGAUAAUAAGAGUUCUGGCGGAAGAGUUGAAUUAGAAGUGAAUGAUGUUAAUGAGAAAUUAGCCGAAAAAGCAAACAAAAAUGAGCUUUUAGCUCUGAGUGAUAAAGUCAAGAACCACGUUCAUUAUAUAACUUCAGACGAACAGAUUAUAACGGACUACCAUGGAUAUUUAACACGAAGUGAUGAAGUGAAGACGGAAGACCCCAAUGAAAGAAGAUAUAAAUACAUUCGUGCUAAAGGUUAUGACAUAAGCUGUACUGUACAGUAUGACACGGGUAAAGCACCAGAAGCAUUUAGUUAUAACGAUGAAAUUUAUGCCUCUACUUUCUCUGUUAAAGGUGUAUUAGUUGAACCAAGAUUUACUUUGAGAGUUAAGUCAAAAAUAACGUUUGAAGAUGCUAUUAAAAGUAAAGCUGACAAAGUUGAACUCGAAGCAAUGAACAAAGUUUUGAAAUCUCAUAAACACAACAUCUCCGAUAUAAAUGAACUUCAAGCUACAUUAGACAGUAAAGCCGACAAGAACCAUACACAUAAAUCCUUCACUACUGUUAGAGCAGACGACAUAAUAUUGAACUUUGACCUUGGUUCAAAUGCACCAUUAGAAAAUCCAAGUACAAGCGUAAAAGAUACUCUUAACAAUUUAGAUAACAGUUGCAGGAAUAUCGAAGAUCAUGCCAGAAACUUUGAAGCACAUGAACUACCAGCAAUGUUAGAUAAGAAAGCAGACAAAAACCAUACACAUAAAUCCUUCACUACUGUUAGAGCAGACGACAUAAUAUUGAACUUUGACCUUGGUUCAAAUGCACCAUUAGAAAAUCCAAGUACAAGCGUAAAAGAUACUCUUAACAAUUUAGAUAACAGUUGCAGGAAUAUCGAAGAUCAUGCCAGAAACUUUGAAGCACAUGAACUACCAGCAAUGUUAGAUAAGAAAGCAGACAAAAACCAUACACAUAAAUCCUUCACUACUGUUAGAGCAGACGACAUAAUAUUGAACUUUGACCUUGGUUCAAAUGCACCAUUAGAAAAUCCAAGUACAAGCGUAAAAGAUACUCUUAACAAUUUAGAUAACAGUUGCAGGAAUAUCGAAGAUCAUGCCAGAAACUUUGAAGCACAUGAACUACCAACAAUGUUAGAUAAGAAAGCAGACAAAACAGAGCUUCAAACAUUAAAGACUGAAAUACUUCAAACAUUAUAUCCUGUUGGUUCUUUAUAUACGUCAAUGAACUCAACAAAUCCGGCAAGUGUUUUAGGUUUUGGUACGUGGGAACAGAUUGUAGAUAAAUUCCUCUAUUGUGCGAACUCUUCAAAGCAAACAGGUGGUUCGAAGAAAAUUAAAGAAGCAAACCUUCCACCGCACACUCAUACAGGAACUACAAACACAAAGGUAGUCAUUCACAUUCAAUAA